AUGGCUAUGGCCUCUCCAUUCUCUUCAUUGGAACAUGCAAUUACGGUUUCCAGAGACAUAUGGUCCCAUAAGUUGAAUGUUAGGUCUUGGUUGGAGGCUAUAUCAGGACGAUCUUGUUCUAAUGAAUACUUGAAAACAGCGAACGAAGCUACUGAACUUCAUGAAUGGGAAACAAUGUACGAGGAGAAAUUUGGGUAUGUUUUUGUGACAUUUGUAGCUGGUAGGACCUCUAAAGACAUACUUGUUGAAUUAAAGACGCGCUUUAAUAAUUCGCAUGUUGUUAAGUUGGAGAUUGCUUCAAAAGAGGAAUUAAAGUAUAUAGAACAUGCUAUUAGAGAGCUUCUUUCCAAAAAAUCUGUCCAAACUACCGACGAAGGAGAUGAUAAUAUGUCACUUGAAUAUUCAGGCGAAAUAAUUGAUGACACUCUAGAUGGAGUAGACAUUGAUUCAGAAGAUGAUUUAGAUGCUAUUACCUCCGGUGGAUAUGACAUCUCCAGGAAUGUUGAGCUCAAUAAGGUUUCAGAAGAAGACAAUAAAACUUUAUACACCCAACAUAGAGAAGAUGAUGUACAUGCUGCAAAAAAGAGGUUUCGAUCUGAACAAGUUGCCAUAAUUUGGAGAUGA